UUCCUUUUUGUUUUGCAGUGGAAAUUUAGGGUUUCGAAACCGACAAAAUGUUUGGGUUUUCAAGAAGAAGAAUGAAGUUUGGAAGAUUUAAAGUACAACUUUCAGACUCUGCUCAGGGAACUAGAGGUCCAGUAAGGCAUUCUAAGCAGUUAGGCAGCACUAAUGGGGAAAGUGUUGCAUCUAAAACCCACAAACCCGAUGAACUGAACUUCCAGUCUUCAUCUAGUGCGCCUGAGCUUAACAACUGCACCUCCGGAAGCUCUGAAAAAUGGAUGGUGCUUUCAGUCUCUGGAGACAAGCCUACACCUCAUUUCUAUCAUGCAGCGGCAGUUGUUGGGAACAAGAUGGUGGUUGUUAGUGGUGAAUCUGGAAAUGGAUUGCUGGACGAUGUCCAGGUACUUAGCUUUGACAGAUUUUCCUGGACGACAGCUUCAUGAAAGCUGUACCUUUCACCGACCAGUCUUCCCUUAAAAAUUCCAGUAUGCAAGGUUCAUGCUUUGGUUCCCUGGGGAAAGAAGGUGCUUCUAAUUGGAGGCAAGACUGACCCUGUGAGUGACAAAGUCUCAGUAUGGGCAUUUAACAUAGAAAUAGAAUGUUGGUCACUAAUGGAAGCCAAGGGAGCCGUUUUAGUUGCUCGAAGUGCUCAUACCAUUGUUAAAGAAAACUCUGUUUUAAUUUUGUUUGGAGGUGAAGACUCAAAAAGGAGGAAACUCAAUGAUCUGCAUAUGUUUGAUCUGAAGUCUAUUACUUGGCUUCCUCUUCAUUUCACACCAAGACCAUCACCAAGAUCCAUCCAUGCUGCGGCUCUUUAUGAUGACAAAAUGCUUUUGAUUUUUGGCGGGGCAUCAAAAUCUUGGAUGUUGAAUGUUUUGUACUUCUUGAUUUUGAGGCACUUCAUGGUAUGGUCAAGAAUUAAUGUACGAGGUUUCCAUCUGUCUCCAAGAGCUGGUUGUUGCAGAGCACUUUGUGGCACUAAAUGGUUUAUUGCUGGUGGUGAAAGCAGGAAAAAAGGACAUGCAGAGACUUUAAUAUUUGACGUUCUUAAGCUUGAAUGGUCUGUUGCUGUUGCACCAUUUCCUUCUUCCAUAACAACUAACAAGGGAUUUAGCCUCGUUCCUGUGCAGCACAAGGAAAGGGAUUUCCUUGUUGCAUUUGGUGGUUUCAAGAAAGAUCCAUCAAAUCAGGUUGAGGUUCUUAUCGUGGAAAAAGUUGAGUCUUCGAUGAUUCAAAGAGCAACUUUGAGUAAAGUUGCCGGAACCUUGCUGUCUGAGAAUCAUGCAUUGUCCAUCGGAAUGCAAACUUGGCCAAGUCAUGGUUCUCUCAAUUGUUAAAUAGGCUCUGUUGCAAGUCAGAAUUUAGCAUCUGCAAUAGAACAGCAUGGCUCUGGUAGAAAAUCAUUGUCAUAGUCUUUGUUAGUUGAUCCGAAUAAUGCUCCAGGUAAUGUUUCUCACCGGAAGCAAUUUUAAAAUGAGGAAAAUGUGGAUAUGCAGAUGAUAAAGAGCUUAGAAGACAGAACUUCCUUCCGGGUAAAUUACAAGUCCCACUUCAAUCAUCCUAAUUAAUUUCUUAUCUAUCACCCUUCCGGUCAGAGAUGCAACAGUAAGAAAUUUAGAGCCCAUUUUUUAGGACUUUUGAAAAGCCAAAAGGAACUUAGAAAUUGCUUUUCAGCCUGUUCGCAUAAACGAGAUAGAAAUUGUAUUUCUUAUCUCACGAUUUCUGGCUGCAUCAAUGUUCUAACAUAUAUUGCACCAAUAUGUCUAAAUUGGUUAUAAUUUUCAA